CGCAGGCGCCCGGCUGUGCUGGCCUCGCGUUAGUUCGCUACGGAGCGGUGUGGAGAGUGAGCCACAGGCCUUGACCUCAGGGAACCGAGACCACGCAGGUUUUCGCUUAGCUUCUGAAAUCUGUUUAAAGCGGUGAUUCAUUCAUGCUCAAGUAGAGUUAGAAGGGCCAAAAUACUGGCUGCCUGGUUCAGGACCGGACAUCUAGCCAGCCUACAGACUUGGAGCUUCAGAGUCAUGACUACAAAGGAGUCAGGAGGUGCCAAAGCAGAGUCGGCUCUCUCAUCAGCCAAUCUGAGCAAGCGUGUGUCUGAAAAACCAAACUAUGCUCUGAAAUUUACUCUGGUGGGACAUACGGAAGCAGUAUCAUCAGUUAAGUUUAGUCCUAAUGGAGAAUGGCUGGCAAGUUCUUCUGCUGAUAAAGUAAUUAUAAUUUGGGGAGCCUAUGAUGGAAAAAACGAGAAAACACUUAAAGGACACAAUCUGGAAAUAUCAGAUGUUGCCUGGUCAUCAGAUUCCGGUCGUCUUGUUUCUGCCUCAGAUGAUAAAACUCUAAAGAUUUGGGAUGUGAGAUCUGGAAAAUGUUUGAAAACGCUUACGGGGCACAGUGAUUAUGUUUUUUGCUGUAAUUUCAAUCCACCAUCUAACCUCAUCAUUUCAGGAUCUUUUGAUGAGAGCAUGAAAAUAUGGGAGGAGAAAACAGGAAAGUGCCUUAAGACUUUGUCUGCUCAUUCUGACCCAGUUUCUGCUGUUCACUUUAAUUGUAGCGGGUCCUUGAUAGUGUCAGGUAGCUAUGAUGGUGUCUGUCGAAUCUGGGAUGCUGCAUCAGGUCAGUGUUUAAAAACACUUGUUGAUGAUGAUAACCCUCCUGUCUCUUUUGUAAAAUUUUCUCCAAAUGGUAAAUAUAUUCUCAUUGCAACUUUGGACAAUACUCUUAAACUAUGGGAUUAUAGCAGAGGCAGAUGCCUGAAGACAUAUACUGGUCACAAGAACGAGAAAUACUGCAUAUUUGCCAGUUUUUCAGUUACUGGUGGAAAGUGGAUUGUGUCUGGUUCAGAGGAUAACCUGGUUUAUAUUUGGAACCUUCAGACUAAAGAGAUUGUACAGAAAUUACAAGGCCAUACAGAUGUUGUAAUCUCAGCAGCUUGUCAUCCUACAGAAAACAUCAUUGCAUCAGCAGCAUUAGGAAAUGACAAAACAGUUAAAUUGUGGAUGAGUAAUUACUAAACCCUUUAGAAAUCAAGUAGUAGAGUCAGAUUGGCCAAAAAAAAACAAGGUUAGGUAUUUUAAAAGAUGGUUUCCUCUCAAUUUUGGCAUGGUUUUGUAUUUUUUAAAAAACAUUGCCUUGAAUUACAAGAUUUUAAGACCUAUAACCUCAAUUUGCAAAGCAACACAGUUGGAAAAGCAAGUCUAGAUCCCAGGGCUUCUGACUUUAAUCUUAAGGUCUGUUAUUAAUCUCUCAUGUCUGUCCUUGAGCAGAUUCUCAUUCUGUUCCUCUCAGUGACUAUUCUAGAGGAUCACUGUAUUUGACAAAAAUUUAGAAGUAAGGCUCACAAGACAGGAUGACUGAUUAAAUGAGGGGAGCAAGGGAGUCUGGAAUAACUCCAAGGUAUUUGGUUUGGGCGAUCAGGUGAAUUAAGAGAAUAAGCCUAGGAUGGUGGUGGAUUGGAGAUUUAUGACAGAUGCCACUCAUACACUUUAAGUGAUAGCCUCCAUGAUGGGACGUGAAAUGGUCCAUGGAAUCAAGUUUGUAAAUUGGGAAAAAUAAGCAAUGGUUGUGUUUGUUCUGAGGAUCUAAAAGUUUUAAGUUUUUAUCAAAAUAAAAAUUAAAAAUAAACCAAAUUAAAAAUAAAACCAAAUUAAAAAAUUUAAAUUUUAAAUUAAAAAUAAACCAAAUUAAAAAUAAACCAAAUAAACAAAAUUAUAAAGGCAUUUUACUGAAGGACCUCUCACUACCUCGUCAGACUGCCCUCUCCUGAUUCUCAGGGCAAGCUCAAUGUCUGAAUGAGGCUGCUCUGUUUCAUUAGGUCUGACCUAACCCUACCCAUGCUACAGGCUCAGUUCAGAAAAUCACCACUUUGUGUAACCAUCACUGGCUGCCUGCCUCCAGCCACAGCUGACAGCUGAAUUCAGUUUUCUUGCUUCUUGCUAUAGCUUCUGUUAUAAAAUUCAAAAUAUAUCAUUUACCAAUUUGUGUUGUAAUGGUUUCAUGGGCCAUGUGUCUGGUAAACUAUGAGCUCUGCAGAGUCAAGUAUGUUUUAUUUAUCUUUGUAUUCUCACUUUUUGUAUAUAGGAGAGACUCAAGAAAUGUUUGAUGAAUGACAAUGAAUUAUACCACCAUCACAACUUCAUUCCUUGCCUGCUUUCAAUAAGUUUUUGGAGUCAAUUCCCUAUACUAUUAUUUUUGUUGAUUAAAAGUAUCUAACCAUA